CAAUGCGCGUGCGCAAAUAUGACAACCCGCGGUCAUGACGGUUGAUUGACAUGAUUGAUCAUGAUUGACAAGUUGUGGUGUGUUCAAACAAAAAACCCAAGGAAGAAAUUCUGAAUUGUGCUGCCAACUUUCUGGACUGAAGGAGCUGUGUUUUCUUUGCAAGUCAUGAAACUUUCAGCAUGUUCAGUAGAAUGUCAUGCCCUCACAGAUGAAUCUGACUGAAUAAAACACAAAAAAUGCCACGUUCCAAUGAGAGCGAGUAUGCCUUGGUCCUUCGGCAACUUGAUGAAAUCACCAAGUCUGUGCUGAGUGACUUGCAACAGCUAAAGACAAAUCCACUACUUGCCAGUUCAUCCACAAGCUGCCGAUAUGUGGAUCAGAUUGCCAGUAAGACAGAAGAGGUCAUACAUAUUGUGGAUCAGCUCAGUGCCAGAGCCGUUCCGAGACGUAAGGAGACGAGAUCCUUGAAACAGAAAGAUGCCGCAGCAGUACCUGUGCCAAACAUCUUGCAGAAUGUUUCAAUGCAGCAAUACCACGAUAUGGAAAUAUUUACAAAACAAAUUUUAGACGCAGUCGAACUAGGUGCUUCCCUCAACUUGCCCAUGGAGAAAUCUCCCUACCGUCAUGCAAGCGACGGACACAGUCACAGACAGGGUCACAGACACAGUGAAGGACGGACGCACAGACACAGUCAUCAUCACCACCGCCACAAGCACAGCGCUUGGUGCCAGCGAUCGUAUCACCACGUGGUCCCAACCCUUGAAAACUGGAUUCACUCAUUAGCUGAAGCUCGGGACAAGGCACCAUCCGCUGUCAGGGCGGACUCGGAGCACAGCAAGAUGGUGGCGCAUUUCCAGAAGCUGUUUGACGUGCCAACAGAGGGCGGUGUUUACACCAGGAUGAACGAGCUGUACUCGCGGGUGGGCGAGAUGCAGAACGUGCUGCAUUCUCUCAAAGACAUUCUUGGCCUGGAUGAGGACGCGUCAGCCAGCAGUAUCGUGAUGGCCACAGCGCACCUUUGCGAGUUGUAAUCAAGCUCUACUACGCACCUACUGGGCCAACUUUUGCAGCAGGAAAAACUGGACAGGGUUAUCUCACGAAUGGAGCAGUAUCGGAAGUUUUUCCCCGUCUUUGACACCAUGGUGAAGGAUCUGAUGGAGAUUCUUGGUGUUGCAACAAUGGACAGGAUCCUACCAGCUGUGAGGGCGCUAAAACUGCUGAACACUUGAGGCCUCCUCAUUUUUGGAAUAAAGUUAUUUUUAUCUUCAUCAAAUAUUCAAGUAAAUUAUGUGAGACCUCAAUGACAGAUAUGCUACUGCAACAUUUGUGUAAAUAUUAAUGAACUGUUGCCAACACUGUAUUUUGGGAAGAAAUCUCUGGUAUAUUCAGUCGAGUCUCGUUAUAACAAACUCACU